CGACCGCCGGCCCGGCGCGCGGCUGCGCCCACCGGUUUCGCGCUGCCGCCGCCGCCGCCACUACCGCCCCGCGUUCCCCCGGCCCGCGGGCCGCCAGGCUAGUGCCCCGACCAGCCUGCCUCGGCCCGCGGCCCCGGUGUCCACCGCCGCGCCGCGCCGCGCCCGGGCCGGGUGUGGAUGGAGGGCGCCGCGCGCCCUGCCCGCAGCUCGGCGUGACGCGGGCCGCGAGCCCCGCGCCCACCAUGUCCUACCCGCAGGGCUACCUGUACCAAGCGCCCGGCUCGCUGGCGCUCUACUCCUGCCCGGCGUACGGUGCGUCCGCGCUGGCCGCGCCUCGCAGUGAGGAGCUGGCGCGCUCGGCGUCCGGCUCGGCGUUCAGCCCGUACCCGGGCUCGGCGGCCUUCACGGCGCAGGCGGCCACUGGCUUCGGCAGCCCGCUGCAGUACUCGGCCGACGCUGCCGCCGCCGCCGCCGCCGGCUUCCCGUCCUACAUGGGCGCGCCCUACGACGCGCACACGACUGGGAUGACCGGCGCCAUCAGCUACCACCCAUAUGGCAGCGCGGCCUACCCGUACCAGCUCAACGACCCGGCAUACCGCAAGAACGCCACGCGGGACGCCACAGCGACGCUCAAGGCCUGGCUGAACGAGCACCGCAAGAACCCGUACCCCACCAAGGGCGAGAAGAUCAUGCUGGCCAUCAUCACCAAGAUGACCCUCACGCAGGUCUCCACCUGGUUCGCCAACGCGCGCCGGCGCCUCAAGAAGGAGAACAAGAUGACGUGGGCCCCGAGGAACAAAAGCGAGGACGAGGAUGAGGAUGAGGGCGACGCUGCUAGGAGCAAGGAGGAGAGUCCCGAGAAGGUGCAGGAGGGCACGGAGACCUCUGCCGAGGACGAAGGGAUCAGCCUGCACGUCGACUCGCUCACGGAUCACUCGUGCUCAGCCGAGUCAGAUGGAGAGAAACUGCCGUGCCGUCCCGGGGACCCCCUGUGCGAGUCCGGCUCGGAGUGCAAGGACAAGUACGACGAUCUGGAGGACGACGAAGAUGAGGAGGACGAGUGUGAGCGGGACCUGGCGCCGCCCAAGCCUGUGACCUCGUCCCCACUUACAGGCGUGGAGGCGCCGCUGCUGAGCCCUCCGCCCGAUGCCGCGCCCCGCAGCGGCGGCGGCAAGACGCCCCUGGGCAGCCGGACGUCACCUGGUGCACAGCCACCCACCAGCAAGCCCAAGCUGUGGUCGCUGGCCGAGAUCGCCACAUCGGACCUCAAGCAAACGAGCCUGGGCCCGGGCUGCGGGCCACCGGGACUGCCAGCGGCUGCGGCACCCGCCUCCUCGGGCGCACCUCCGGGCGGUUCUCCCUACCCCGCUUCGCCGCUGCUCGGCCGCCACCUCUACUAUACGACGCCCUUCUAUGGCAGCUACACAAACUACGGGAACUUGAACGCAGCGCUGCAGGGCCAGGGCCUCCUGCGGUACAAUGCGGCGGCCACGGCCCCCGGCGAGACUCUGCACGCAGCGCCUAAGGCGGCCAGCGACGCGGGCAAGGCGGGCGCGCACCCACUGGAGCAGCACUACCGGACCCCCGGCGGCGGCUACGAGCCCAAGAAAGAUGCCAGCGAGGGCUGCACGGUGGUUGGCGCAGGCGUCCAGCCCUACCUAUAG